AUGAUUUUUGCCGUCAGCUUCGGCACUUGGCCAUUGGAUCACUUUCUUCCCCCGCCAUUUCUGCGUGACGGGCGGUGGUCCGUGACGACCACAUGGUCAUCGGGAGACACUCAGCCAGCGGUCCUGAUUCGUUCCAUGGAUGACCUGCGAGCAACGCUGCAAUGCAUUGAAGAGACAGCAUGUAUUUGGUACCCGUGUGUGGUGGCGGAUGUUUUUCCGGCCGUUCACGACGACUCUCUCUCGAGGAUGCUCAACAAUACUCCCCAGCAUCUCCUCCACGCGAUGAUUAAUCUGUAUUCCCACGUGUUUACGGAAUUGUUCCGGUCGAUCCGCGCGGAGGAACCAGCGCAGUCACUGUCCAAGAAAGGGUGUGAUUUUAAGCACGCACACGUACUGGUGGCGCUUCCGGCCAUUGUAGCAUCAUUUGUCAAUGAAAAAUAUGGCGAAUUGCGCGGGGAUCAUCCAGACUUAAGGAAGUGA